ACAAAAAUUGUGUUUAAUUAAAAUAAAUGCACAGAAGUUUAAAUAAAUUAAAAAAGUGCAAAAUAAUUUUUGUUACAACAUCAUGUUCAGUGUUUAAAAAACAAACAAGCAAAUUUAAAUAAAAACGCUUCAACACCUGCCACCCAGAAAAAUCGCUGCCUAAUAAAUAAAUUUGAUAUAAUUCUCAAAAGCCGACGGUUUUUCCAGUUCCUAAAAGCGCUUACAACUUGUUGCUUUUAGCGAAUAAUUUCUUUUUAAUCACGUCCCCCUAAUAUUGUUGAGCUCUGCUUUUUUUCGAAAAAGCCGCUCAACCUUUUGCUGGAUAUAAUUCUCGUUUGUUUUCGUUACGACGCAAGACUUCAAGACGGUUGCCUCACGGUUUGAGUGGAAUGAGCAUAGGGACCCUGGUCUUUCUUUCGAUAGAUCGGUUUUCAAAGUCGUUAAACUGAGCCCCAACUUGGAGCCCUACCCCGCCAGCGUGGAGGGCCUGAACAGCCCUAGAGCGGUGGGGAUGGCCGCCACCUCAUACAUGACGCCGUCCAGCGGUGAUCUCGAUAUGGCUUUAGGAGGCGGUUACCACACAUCAUCGCCCCGAUCGGCCACCGAUGCCGGCGAAAUGAAAUACAUGCAACACCACCAUCACCAUCAUGCCGCCGCAGCAGCAGCUGCUGCUCACCACCAGCUACCAUCUUCGCCCAGUCCCAGCACAAUUGGUACAGGCGGAGGAGGUGGCGGUGGUUCUGGCUCCGGCGUCUCAGCUAGCCUUAGUUCCGUCACACCCACUGGUGGCUUAAGCUCAAAUCCCUGGACUUCAUUACCUCCCACAGAUCCUUGGGCCCUGCAGUCCCAUCAUUCUCAUCAUCAUCCCGCCGAUGCCGUUAAACAGGAAAUGUCACAUCUUUCACAACAACACAGAGUACAACAGGGCAUGGCUUCGCCUCAUGCCUGGCAUGCUCCCGUUCAUGCUGCUGCUCACUAUGCUCCCACUGGAGGUUCACCACUGCAAUACCAUCACGCCAUGAACGGUAUGUUACAUCCCGCACAUCCAGCCCAUCACCAAAGUGUGGCUCCCCUACAUCAUGCCUUAAGAGGUGAAUCGCCUUCUCUACCCAUACAUCCCCACCACAUGCACGGUGAUCGUGAUGUGAGUGGUGGCGAAGAAGAUACACCCACUUCCGAUGAUUUAGAGGCAUUUGCAAAACAAUUCAAGCAACGCAGAAUAAAAUUGGGAUUCACACAAGCUGAUGUUGGUUUAGCGCUAGGUACCCUCUAUGGCAAUGUUUUCUCCCAAACAACCAUCUGCCGUUUCGAGGCUUUACAACUGAGCUUUAAGAACAUGUGCAAACUGAAACCAUUGCUACAGAAAUGGCUGGAAGAAGCCGAUUCUACAACCGGCUCUCCCACUAGUAUCGACAAGAUCGCUGCUCAGGGUAGAAAACGUAAGAAGCGCACCAGCAUAGAGGUCAGUGUUAAGGGAGCACUUGAACAACAUUUCCACAAACAGCCAAAGCCUUCUGCCCAAGAAAUCUCCUCAUUGGCCGACAGUUUACAGUUGGAAAAGGAAGUAGUGCGAGUGUGGUUCUGCAAUCGCAGACAGAAGGAGAAACGUAUGACACCGCCCAAUACUAUGGGUGGUGAUAUGAUGGACGGUAUGCCUCCAGGUCAUAUGCAUGGCCAUGGUGGUUACCAUCCCCACCAUGACAUGCAUGGUAGUCCCAUGGGAACGCACAGUCACAGCCACAGUCCGCCUAUGCUAAGUCCACAGAAUAUGCAAUCGGCUGCGGGUCAUCAGUUGACGGCUCACUAGCAAUCAGAAAUCCAGGAGUCGAACUCAGCUGCAGCUGCGUCCACUCCUGCCUCCCUACAUCAGCAACAACAACAGCAGCAACAUCAACAUAACCAACAUCAACAGCAACAACAGCACGGCCCCAAUACACCCUCGUCGUCGGCUGGGUCCUCUGCCACCAUGACCACAAACGUUAUGUCACCUCAAAGUCCGCUGGGAUCAACAAACGCAAAUAAUAAUAAUAAUAACAACAACAAUAAUAACAAUAACAAUGAUAACGAGCAUUUAUCACAAGUUAAGCAACAACAGCAGCAACAAGCCUCCUCCAUAGCAGCCGCUGCAGCAGCUGCCAUGUAUAUUGAUCCCAUGCGUUACCACAAUGCCGCCGCAGCUCACCAUCAUCACCACCAGCAUCCUCAUUUAAAUCCCGCCCAUCAUCCGCAUCUGUUCCAUACCAGCGAUCAGGCCUUGCAACACUCCUCCACUCAGCACCAUCACCUGCAGCAGCCCCAAGCUUCGCCGGGUGGCAACAGUACGAGUGGUGUCCUGCAGGCUUCCUCAUCAGCGGCCUCACCCUCGUCGGUGUCCUCGGCUCUAGGCGUGAGCGGAGCCAGCAGUAUGCAUCAUUUGAAUUUGAAUCCCCAUUCGUUGCAUCAGCACCAUCACCAGCAGCAGCAUCAUCAUCACCACCAACAGCAGCAACAGCAGUUACAUGCCCGUCGUCUCUUCGAGUGGAGUUUGCAAUUCGGUGCUGCCGCUGCUCCGGGAGCAGUAAGACAUUUUAAUACGUUUGGCGGUUCGGGUGAAUAGCAUUCGUCAGCUGCUGCAGCCGCAGCAGCCUCAGCCGCAUGGUUUGGUUACGAAUCGUCUUAAGGAAAGGGACUUUCACAGGAAUAGAACAAAAAAUAUAAUGAAUAAGGAAGAUAAAGAAGUCUUUUUGAAAAUUAGGCCGUGUUCCAAGAAAAAAUGUUUGUCAUAAGUCUUGAAACUUUUCGUUAAUGUUUUCAUUGAAAGUGAAAAUAUUUAUGAGCAAAAGUAAGGAAAAAUUCUUGUAGUGACAUUUUUGUCUUUUAAGCCUUGAGUGUAAAUUUUCCAUACAAAAAAAAAUUCUGAAGUGUAUUUAGGAAAUUUUUUUCAAAUAUUCAGGGAAGAAAGGUUUUCAUUACUUUAAAUUUUAGAAUUUCACUUUAUUUUCUAUUCGAAAGAAGACGUCAGUCAGAGCUGUUUUCAGCAGGAUAAAGGGACUAAGUACGAGAAAGACAGAAGCGAGCUAAACCAGUGCAUUAGUCUGUGUUAAAACUAUUAAUUUCUUUAUUAAAAGAAAACAAUGGAAAGUGAAUUUUAUGGAAUUCUUAAAGAAACUCAAUUUUUUAUAAAUAAAGCGAAAAAAAGUUUUUAAAAAACUUUUAUAAAUUUAAUAAAGAAAAAAAGGCAAUUCAAAUCAAACGAGUUACAAAGUGAUGUUUUAUAAACAAUUAUAAAUUAAAUACUUUUUUAAAUAUAAUUUUAUUUUAUUUUUUAUUUUUUUUGGUUAAAUUAAAUUUUAAGCACAAAAACAAAAAAAGAAAAAAAUUAAAUAAAAUUUCCUAAAAUUAAAUUGUUAAAAAAAAUUAAGAAAGGAAAUCUAAAGAGAAAAGUGGUAAAAUGUUGUUGAGAAAGGUGUUGAAAAGUGUAGAGAAUAUUAUAACAACUGUUUAAACUGCCGGCGUAAAAAUCUCAAGGUAAAUUUUUAUUAAAGAUAUUUUUCUUUAAUUUUUAUUGAAAAAAAUAGAAACCUUAACACUUCUUAACACUUUUUUCCUUUAAACAACAAACACAUUUGCUUACAAAAUUUUUAACAAAAUCUAUUUUUUAAUUUUAUUUAAUUUUUUUCUUUUUUUUUUGAAGAAAUCUUAAUGUAAAUCUUUAAAACCACUCGAAUCAAAUCCAAUCCUCUCCACUCCACUCCCCUUGUGUAAAUAGUUAAGUCAUUAGUCAGUAGGAAUUUUUAUCUUAAUAAUUUUUAAAUAUACUACAACAACAAAAAAUAAUAUUUAAACACUUAAAAAAAUAAA